AUGCCCCUGCCGAAGGCCGGCGACCCACAGGGCUUCUCCGCCGUCCGCGGCGGCGAGCUCGUGGAGGCGGAUGCCCCGGCGGCGCCGAGCGCGGAGGCGCGCGAGGCGGUCGCGGAGGGGCCGCCGCCUCUCCGCGGCGAGCGCACCAGCCUCGUCUCGCCCGUCACGGAGCUGCCAGACGGGGCGGCGGAGGCCGCCAGGGUAGUCGAGCGCAGGCCGAUCAAGGGCCUGCACCCCGCGGAGUUCCGGGCCAGGUGCGACCUGAUCUUCGACAGGUUUGCCGUCGGCGGGGGUGACGCGCUGAGGUACGAGGCGCUUGCGGCGGUCAUGGCCUCGGCGGGGCGACCCCUCGAGGAGCACGCCGCGUACGAGGGGCUCUGCAGGAGGCUGGGAUGCGAUCCCCUGGUCGGGCUCUCCCGCAGGGACCUGCACACCUUCUUCGAGAAGGCACCGCAGGCUGUCUGGGACGGAGCGUACAGGUCUCUGGAGCCGUACGGUGGCAUGAUCCGGAGAGGAGCCGAGGCCAUGCCACAGACUCUCCACGAGAGGCCUGUGAAUUACUUCCUCUUCGAGGACGAUAAGCAGUUUGCCAUUCUUCACGUCGAGGUCAACGCGCACCUCUACUACGGUGCAGCUGAUUUCGUCACUAGGGACAGUGUUCGGGCUUACUUUGGGACUAAUCGCAUGGAGCUGCAAAUCUGCGCGCCCGGGUCCUAUGGUGCGAAGGAGAUGUAUUUGUGGAAGUUGGUGGUUCAGCCAUUGUCUGCUGAUGUGGUGUCCGAGGACUGCCAGUUGCACCUGGAGGAGACGGCAGGCCGUUUCGGCAGCCAGCGGGUGACAGUCAAACUCAUGAAGAGCCAGCCCGGGAAGAGGUGGUACAAGGUGGGGCACAGCAAAGUUGUGAGCGGAAACAACCAGAAGGUUUGA